AUGGGAGGCUUUUACAUGCAGUACCUUGAGAGUCUCUGCCGACGACGUGGAUGGACAGAUCCCUCUUACGAGUGCUACCGUGACCACAGCGGCUACACUUGUCUGGUCCUGGUCAAUGGGCGAGAGUACCAGACGGACCUCGCGUAUGAAUCCGACUCGCUGGCGCAGGAAAACGCCGCCAUGCGCGCCUUCAUGGUGUGCCGCAACUUUUCCGUCAACGGCGGCAUGCUCGCGCGCAACGGCAUCGUUCAGGGGCUGCCCGCCACUGAGACGGGCCGCCGAUCCAAGAAGAGCAGCCGCCACACAUCGUCCAGUCACGGCUCACGGGAGAGCCACCGUCGCUCUGGACACCACUCGAGCAGCAGCUCCACGGCUUCUUUUGACUGA